CAGACAGAGAGGAAGUGAUCCUCGAAAGCGACAACACGAGCUUGGAGCUUUUGUAUCCGUCGAUGUUUGUGCAGAAAACCCCAAUUUCGAAGCCUUUAUAUUACCAAAAUUAGGAGAAAAUUGGGGCUGCCCUUUACGGGGAAUAUAUUGAAGAUGCGCACAAGUUAUUUGGUUUUGGGUCUUCUGGCCUUCAGUGUCCCUCUGGUCUCCUCUACUUCGGGAUCUACACGAUGCAAGAAUCAAAGCGGCGGAAACGUUGAUUGGUUCAUCCUGUACAAGCUACCCAAGAUGCAGAAGACCAAGGGAAACGCGUUCACGCCGGCCGGUGGGGAGUUUCUUUACAUCGACUCUGAUUCCCCGACCAGUGCGCGCACGUGGACGUUGUCUUCUCAAGACCUCUAUAGACCGCCCAACCCUUUGGCUUACACAUUAGCACCGCUGUACCAAACGGCUGUACCUCAGGACAUCCUAUACGUCGCCUACAACGACCAGUCUCCGGACCGCUACAACGGCACCCGGAACGGUCACUCCAAAGGUGUGGUCAUGUUUGACGAAGCUGUCGGCAUCUGGCUUUUGCACAGCGCUCCUAGGUUCGUUGAAAACCUUCAUGGUGGGGCCUACACCUUCCCGGAAAAUGCCAGAGAAAACGCUCAGAUCUUCGUCUGCGUUACGUUCCCGGCGACCCAGCUCAACGCCAUCGCCAAGCAGCUCCGCAUGCAGUACGCGAACGUGUACGACAAGGGAUCCUCAACGGCGAUGCGUCAAAGACACGCCCAGGUGGAUCUCCUCUUCAAGGACAGCUUCAUACGUGGACGAACGAUGAGACUGAGUAUCGUCGACGUGACCAGUCUCGGAGGAAAACGAUUCCUCAGCGUUGCCAAGAGGGCCAACCUGGAAGUUGACAUUUACUCGUCGAUACUCACCGGCCAAAUCAAGGACGACCUGGUGGUCCAGUCAUGGCGUAAUGGGGCUGGAGACAGGUUGCCCAAUGACUGCAACUCGAACUACACCGUAACCGACGUGGACUCUGUCAAGCUUAACCUGGACCAAAGUCGUUUCAUCGCCUUCGACACGACCGAAGACCACAGCAAGUGGGCCAUUGCAGUGGACAAGUCCACAUUCUGCUUGGGCUCAAUGAACCGGAUGGAGUCCCAAUUCAAGAGGGGCGGGGAAGCUCUGUGCUUCGAUAACAGCCUGGUAAACAGACUGUUCAAGCGAAGCGCCAUCGUCAACACAGGCUGCCCUGUCCGCCGCUGACUCCAUAUUACCCUUAAUACAAUCUCAAAAAGAUUCUCAGGAAGAUUGCCAUCUGACAAUUUAACAAUCAUCAUAGUGCACUGUCCGGCUUGCCUUGUUACUCGAGCAGCUGCUGUGUUCUCAACAUUUGAUUUACUAUGCUUUUGAGGGGUCCGAACAUUAUUUGGUAUAUGAGUAUCUUGAAUAAAUAUAUUAAUGAACAUA